UGGCCUCUGACUUCGACUGGGAUUAGACCAUGCGCAUGCAUGUCGCUCGUCGUCUUGGGCCUGUUCCGCAUUGCAUUGGUGUCCCGGAGACUCAUCACUACUCCUGGCGGUCCCGCAAGGGCUUCUGAUUGGUAUAUACUGCAUGAGGAAGCAUGAUCUUCAUCCUCCUACGGGACACCCGAACGUUGCGGCCUUAGCAACCGGUCCCUCCGUCACCCGUCAACGUAACUGAAGACCUUCUUGAUAGAGCUCAAAAGCCCGGCGACAAGGUCGGGCUUGCGGGCGAGUGAGAAAACUUAGCUCAUACGGGAGUCUGGGCCGCCGUACUAACUUCUCUUGGUGCGUCCAUGCGACCAACGAGCAACAUACUUAUCUCCAUGGCAUACUGAGCAUCCCACUUGAUCUUUUGGUUCCCCGUCUCUGCUGCCCCGCCGCGCGGUCAAGGUCGCCGCACCAUCCAGGCGUACCCUUUCACGGUCUCGCCAUGACCUUCGUUCGUCUCGCCCUGGCCUGCACGCUGCUGGCACUCGGACCGCAGGUCGUCCUUUCGUUUAACACCAUAUCAUUCUCUGCCGUCGAACAAUGCGGCAACUUCUCCGUACAUUUUUCUGGCGGCAAGCUUCCCGCCUCCCUUCCCCUCACAUUAACUGUCGUUCCCUUUAAUCUCACGCCAAUAUCCAUCGCAAUCUCGACGUACACCUGGGACCCAUCUAAGCUUACCGGAGCAGCAGUCACCUUCCUUCCAUUCGCUGUUGACACCCGGUUUGUCGCGUCUCUGGACGAUGCCAAUGGUGUCGGCACGGGAAAUGUCUCGGAAAUCCUGCAAAUCGAUCCAUCCAGCAACACAUCGUGUCUUCCGAUGAACUAUCAGUCAGUCGCCGAACGCUAUCAAGUCGCAACUCCAUUCUCGCAGUGCCAAGAUUUUGACGUGACGUACGAUCCAUCCAUAGUCGAUACACCGCCCGCGGUUCGCGCGUUUGUACCGAAAGGACCCUCCGUCUUCCUGAACCAGGAUGUUACUGCAAGCUCAACGGGAACGGCGAGUUACAACAUGGCCGUUUCGCAGGGAGAGCAAGUAGUCCUCACGUUCAGCGAUGACACCGGCUUUCAUCAGGCGUCUGACCUGCUGACCGUUGGGGGCAACGCUUCCAGCUCCGCGAGCUGCCUACCGAACUCGCAGUCAAGUGCGAUGAGCAACCAAAACUCCUCUCCACAAAGCCCAGGUAGUUCGACAAAUUCAGGCUUGUCGAAGUAAGUCUUUCAUUGCAUCCC